CGGAAACAGGUCGGAGGCCAUUCACUGGAAAUGUGUAAAAUGUGGUGGUAGUUCGCGAUAUCGCAGUUCUGAAAGGAUCGAAACGAUUUUUUAAACUCUGCCACAAGCAACAAAACAGAUUCAAAGUAAGCGAGGCGCCACAAUGUUCCUGACGCUUGCCUUGCUGAGGAAAGGGAUCCCGGGGAAGCAGUGGAUCGGGAAGUACCGUCGGCCGCGGCCUGUCACCUGGCAGAUGAAGCGCAACAUUCUGCUGCGUCUGGAGAGGGAAGCGGAGAACGAGUACUGGAUAAGCCGGCCUUACAUGAGCCGCGAGCAGGAGAGGGGUCACGCCGCGGAGCGCCGCCUGCAGAACUGGCUGGACUUUAAACACGCCAAAGCCUCCAAGUUUCCCGAACACAAAUACAUCACGGAUCACCUCAGCCACCUCAAUACCACCAAGACAUGGGCCAGCUAAGGCCACUCGGUUGCACUCGCGGAAGAGGGCAUCUCCGCGUAAACGGUCGCACCAGUAAUGCGGACUUGAGUACGGCUGAAUUUCGAUUGGGGUUUUCAUUCAGAACUUGGAAGUGCCUGAGUGCCUUCAAGAGAUUGCCGGAAACCUCUGGUGUCAAAUGUCCACUGUAUCGUUUGUUACUAUGUUAGUCCGACUGUAUACAUCUGAAAGCCCUUAGUGUGU